AUGGCUGGCAGUCUGUUGAAGCGCUUCAUCGUCAUGGCACCGAAAGUGGUAUUCGUGUUGGGGGGCCCCGGAGCGGGAAAGGGCACGCAGUGCCAGAAAAUCGUGGAAACUUUCGGGUACGUGCAUUUAUCUGCCGGGGACUUAUUAAGAGAGGAGCGCGCUAAACCGGGCUCCCAAUACGGGGAGCUGAUAGAGAAUUACAUAAAAGAAGGCAAAAUCGUUCCCGUGGAAAUCACUUGCAGCCUGCUGGAGAACGCCAUGAAAGUGAGCGGGCAGGACAGGUUCCUCAUCGAUGGGUUCCCCAGGAACCAGAACAACCUCGAAGGGUGGAACAAAACCGUGGCCAACAAUGUGGAACUGCAGUUCGUGCUGUUCUUCGACUGCCCUUUGGAUAUUUGCACCGAGAGGUGUCUGCAACGAGGGGCGGCUGGUAGCGGCCGUACCGAUGACAACUUGGAGAGUUUGAAGAAGAGAUUCAACACCUACGUGCAAGAAACCAAACCCAUCAUCGACCACUAUGCCACCAUGGACCUGGUCAAAACAAUUGACGCCACGAAAAAUCCCCUGGAAGUUUUUGAAGACGUAAAGGCUAUUUUUAAGGCUAAAGGGGCUGGAGACUCCUAGGGG